AUGACCGAGUCCGUGCUAUUCAGACGGGGGGUAGUUGGUGCAACUUCGUCCCUCUCUCGGGCUCCCCGCGUUCGCACUCAGAAUCCGGCCUGGCGUCGACCAACUCCUCCGUACUCGCGACAUGUCACAACAGAUCUGAACUCGGGAGCUGCGGGUCAAGAUGCGCCGAAUUCUACUACCUCUCCGACGCAGUCGACCCGCUGGAAUGCCUUGAAGACCGCAAAGCCUUUCUCGGAUUUCUUGACGGACACCUUCAAUCGCCAGCAUGAUUAUCUCAGAAUAAGCGUCACGGAGCGCUGCAACCUCCGUUGCUUAUACUGUAUGCCUGAGGAAGGGGUGCCGCUCUCCCCGCCCGCGCACCUUCUGACUUCACCGGAAAUUGUGUACCUCUCAUCGUUAUUCGUCUCUCAAGGCGUGAAGAAGAUCCGCCUGACCGGCGGCGAGCCAACCGUUAGGAAGGAUAUCGUUCCUCUCAUGCAGUCGAUCGGAGAACUCCGGCGGGACGGACUCCGGGAGCUAUGCUUGACUACAAAUGGGAUCUCGCUACACCGGAAACUUGAACCCAUGGUAGAGGCUGGGUUGACUGGUGUAAAUCUCAGCCUGGAUACCCUGGAUCCGUUCCAGUUCCAGAUUAUGACGAGGAGGAAGGGCUUUGACGCCGUUAUGAAGAGCAUUGACCGGAUUCUGGAGUUGAAUAAAAUGGGAGCUGGAAUUAAGCUCAAGAUCAAUUGUGUCGUGAUGCGAGGACUGAAUGAACGGGAGAUCCUCCCGUUUGUUGAAUUGGGGCGUGAUCGUCCCAUUGAAGUGCGCUUUAUCGAGUAUAUGCCUUUCGAUGGCAAUAAGUGGAGUGAAGGGAAGAUGGUCUCGUACCAAGAGAUGCUGGAUAUUAUCCGGGAAAAAUAUCCAACAGUGGAGAAGGUGACAGACCACAAGAACGAUACGAGCAAGACUUAUCGGAUCCCCGGAUUCCAGGGAAAACUCGGGUUUAUUACAAGUAUGACCCAUAAUUUCUGCGGGACAUGCAACCGCCUUCGCAUUACGGGUGAUGGAAACCUCAAAGUGUGCCUAUUUGGAAAUUCAGAGGUAUCAUUGCGAGACAUUAUCCGACAGCAGAACAAUGGUGAGCCUAUCGACGCCACUGUAUUGGAGGAUUUGGGACUCCUUGAGGCAGCACGAACCGCAGCACGCAUCCAUGAUGAGGGCGGUCUUGUCGAUCAAAGAGAGAGGGAAGUCCUCGACAUUAUUGGCAUGGCAGUGAAACGAAAGAAGGCGAAGCAUGCUGGCAUGGGUGAAUUGGAAAACAUGAAGAACCGGCCAAUGAUCCUUAUUGGUGGGUCACCACUUGUGGCUAUGGGCAAGUGGACAAACAUACCGACGCAUGUACUCGGUGCUAGAGCGCCAACAGCCUCGCAAAUCCGACUAUUUCACCCAAAACCUACCAAUGCCGGGAAAUGGGGUCAAUUCCCCCGAAAAGGCAACAGCUCAAAGCCUACUCCCCUUCCAACAGCUUCCGACCCCGACCUACCACACCUCAACCGCUCACAGAAUGUGCACAUGACGCUUAUUGACGAGAAACCGGAGACAAAACGACUCGCGACGGCCACCUGCAUGGUCCAUUUCUCCAACCGACGGCCCUGGGACUUACUCCGGGAAGGUAAAGGCACCCAUAAGGGAGACGUCUUCAGCAUUGCGCGCAUCGCCGGUAUUACCGCCGCAAAGAAGACCCCCGAUAUUGUCCCUCUCUGUCACCCUGGGCUCGGUUUGACUGGAGUCGAGGUGGACGUUAAGUUACUGGACCCGCUUCUUUGUAACGAUGAGAAGAAGGCGGAAUCGACAUCAAGGGAACACGGGGCAAUGCAUGUAACGGCGACCGUGAGCUGCUUGGGCCGAACGGGUGUGGAGAUGGAAGCCAUGACUGCGACAAUGGGGGCUGCCCUGACGGUGUACGAUAUGCUGAAAGCAGUUGACAAGGGCAUGGUCAUUGGAGGAGUGAAGCUCUUGGAGAAGAAGGGGGGAAAGAGUGGACAUUGGGUUCGGGAGGAAGCUGUCAAGGAUUAG